GUGUAGGAGUCUGGGUGGACGGUCUGUGGUGACACUUUAUGGGGGUCUCGAGGGGCUACGCGCACUUCCGGGUGUACUAAAAUGGCGGCGGCCGGGGCAUGCGCACUGUGACAGCUGGUGGUCUGGCCGGAGCUUGGUGAUUAAACACAAACAUGGGCGAGGAUGCUGACAAUUUAGUGUGGCGUCCCAAUUUUGAUGGUGAACCUGUUCCUGUGGCUGCCUUGGAGGUGAAGCUGGGGUCUCUUGUCACUAUGCUACUCCUCACUUUCCUUAGCGGCUUGACACCUCUCUUUCUUUUCAGGCGACAGGGUUACCUUGAUGCUUCAGGGACUCGCCGGAGGGUUCUCAGUCUGAUCAGCUGUUUCUGUGGUGGUGUUUUCCUAGCCACAUGCCUUUUGGACUUGCUUCCUGAUUACCUCGCUGGCAUAAAUGAUGCCCUUGCGAAGAUAAACAUUACACUCCAUUUUCCACUGCAGGAAUUUAUCCUUGCCAUGGGCUUCUUCCUUGUCUUAGUUCUAGAACAAAUUGUCCUGAGUUACAAGGACUAUGAUGGAUCCCAUGGUGAGACCAAUGCACUUCUUGGGUCACAAGGUGAUGUCCAGCAUGCUGGCACAGACGUCCCACAUGUCCAUAUCGAUGUGAACGCUCAUUCUGCAGUGCGCACUGUUAUCCUGGUGCUGUCCCUCUCUCUUCAUUCUGUGUUGGAAGGCUUGGCAGUCGGGCUGCUUCGGGAUACCGGGAAGGUUCUUGAGACCUGCAUGGCGCUUCUUAUCCAUAAGUGCAUUAUCUCCUUCAGUUUGACUUUUAAACUCUUACAAGGUCGACUCCGCGCCAAAGGAGUGUUGAUCUGCGUUUUCCUGUUCUCCUUCAUGUCCCCCUUGGGCAUCGGACUAGGGUUGGUGCUAACCGAGAACUCUGAUCCCAUACACCAACUAUCCCGCUGUGUUCUGGAGGGCAUUGCAACCGGAACAUUUUUAUAUAUCACUUUUCUAGACAUCCUGCCACAUGACCUGAGUUCCUCUGAUCUGCGUAUCCCAAAAGUGAUUGUAAUUCUCUGUGGCUUCUCUGUGAUUACUGCAGUCCUCUUCCUCAAAAUCUGAUGGCUCUUCCCAGUUACCUAUGUACCAAGAACCACAGAACUCUCCAUUUCCUUGAGCACCAAGUAUAGAUGUGACUUCCGAGUCCAAAACCACUGAGAUUGUGUUACUGUGGAGAUCUUGAAAUCUCUUAAUUGUUAGUCUUGCUUUCAAGACCAUUCUUGUAUUGCCCCAAACUCUUUUUCUAAUAUGAUGUUAUGAAUAUUUUUGGGUCUACCAAGCAGUAUAAAAAUUACUGGAGACCAAAAAAGGUAAAAUCAUUGUCCGUCCUAGGAUGCUGGCUUUAAUACCUGUUCUCCAGGUGUAUUUUGUACCAGAGUCUGAUAUGUUUUUAUAUUAAUAGUGUAUUUCUGUAUAAAUGUCUAUUUUUACUUAAUCAUUUAUUACUGCAACCCUAGCUCUUUGUAGUGGGAUUGUAAGCGCUUUGUAAUAAAAACAUAUUUUACUGUGAA